AUGUCUGAAGCCACAAAUCACGGCGUGAAGAAGUGCACUCGGUGUAGGGUUAAACGGGUACUGGAGACUGAUGAGCAGUUGAAGACGUACAAGACAUGUCUGAAUUGUAGAGAGAAGCGGAAAGUUACCGCGCAGAAGCUAGUUGAAAAGACCUUGCCUACUGAAUAUGAGACCUUUGAAAGCUUCCUGUCCAAGGUCAAAUUGAACACAGUUGAGAAUAUUGACGAUCUUCGGUACCUUGGUUUGACUGACCCCGCCAAGUUUGCUCGUUACUCAACAGACGACCCCAUUCCUAAGGAAGUGUACCAGCUGUACUCGAAGAGCCUCAUAGAGUUCUACAUCAAGCCUAUCAUAGAGCAAACCGGGUUCAAGUUCGUCGUCAGAGACUUCCGGAAAGGCGGGCGCAGGACGAAGAAGAUCAACUUCCAGUUCAUAUGUUCUCAAGACCGCUCGAAGCAGCGGAAAUCCCGAUCCAACAACCGGAGGAGGAUACAGAACAGGCUCAAGGUGCAGGACUGCGACUCGAGGAUCAACCUCAAGUACUCGAUGACGAAUGGACAAGUGAGCAUCUCAUUUACACACCGGACCCACGUCCCAUACGAAGCGAGACACCAGACACCACCGGACAUCCCCACUGGCCACGUCCACGAUGCGGUGAAGAGCGAGCCAAACGGACAAGAUGGGCUGGAGUUCAACUCACUACAGCGUCUGGCUCAUUACAACAGUCAAUUCCACCAUCACAGCGACGAUAGCACCACCAGCACCAGCAUCAGCACUACUCACACAACCGACUCCACCACGGCACAAGAGGCCGUGGCAAUCGCCACGCAGAAACUGAGCGAGGACAAGAUGGAGGACAAGAUGGAGAACAUCGACAAGGAGCUGAUUGGACUGCAACAAGGCUCUAUAUAG